AUGGAGUUUGGGCACGUUCACAGUUUGCAAGAAACCCUUCGGGAAGAACGUCCAGAGCUGUGGCCACACAAGGGUUACAAAGGGCUGAACUGCAGCCACCGGAGUCUUGGCCAAGUGUCCAAGUCAGUGAGAGAAAUGGCAUCACUGUCUUGUGGUUACAACAUUUCUCUCGAUGAACUGGACAGAGCUUGUGUCUACUGGCAAAAAGACGGCAAAAUGGUGCUGGCUAUCAUAUCUGGGAUGGUGAAAGUGUGGCCGGAGUAUAAGAACCGGACUUUCUCUGACAUUGCUAACAACCUCUCUCUUGUGAUCCUGGGCCUGCACCUGUCGGACGGGGGCACUUAUACCUGUGUUGUUCAAAGGAGUGACAGAGGGCCUUACAGAGGGGAACACCUGAAGUCAGUGAUGCUGUCAAUCAGAGCUGACUUCCCUGUUCCAGUCAUAACUGAACUUGAAGAUCCAUUUCCUGACAUUAAAAGGAUAAUGUGCUCAACCACUGGAGGUUUUCCCCAGCCUCGCCUCUCCUGGUGGGAAAAUGGAACUGUAUUAACUGACAUCAAUACAACAAUUUCCCAGGAUCCUGAAACCAAACUGUACAACGUGACCAGUGAAAUGGAUUUCAAUGCAACGUACAACCACAGCAUUGUGUGUCAUGUUGAGUACGGAGAUUCUGAAGUGUUAAAGAACUUCACCUGGGAAAAACGUAAGCAACAUUAUCUUGGAAAGUGUCUACUGUACGGAACUUAAAAAAAUAACGCAGCCAGCUACAUUUUAAAAUUGAACUUAUUGACUUUGAUGGUAAAUUUACAGUUAUUUUAGACAUACAAAAUGUGCCAUUAUGACUUACUGAGGUCAUGGAACAAGUGUAAUGAUAAAGUGACUAUACUAAUUUUAUUUUAAAUCAAUAUUCCAAAUUUUACUCAUCUAAUAAUUGCUAACCAUCAGGUGGUCAUUUUGCAAGUUAUGGAACAAUAUUUUCUUUACUGAAAGCCCUAAAGCUUCUCUUUCCUUGCAAUUUCCCUUGGGGUUUUGGCACCCCAUCCCCAAUAGUCCUGUAGUCGCAAAUAAUUGUCUUUUUUGAGUGAAUUUUUUAAGGACUACUGGUUUGGGCUGGAUGAGGGAUGAGGGGGUUAGAGCACUUGCUCAGCAUACACAAAGCCCUGAUUUAAUCUCCAGCACCACAAAGGCAACAAAACCUACUGUUUCAUUCAGAGGCAAGUUUGUUAUGUAAUAUUAAUGAUUUAUUGUACUUGCUUUGAUAAAGUUGAGUAAUAACCCCCCCCCUUUUUCCCCAUUUUUGAGACAGGAUCUCCCUGUAGCCCCACCUGGACUGGAACUCGGUAUGUAGACCAGGCUGGCCUCAAACUCAGAUAUCUGCCUGUCUCUGCCUCCCAAAUGUUGGGACUAAAGAUGUGGGCCACCACGCCCAGCCUGAGUGAUAAAACUCUUUAAAGACAAUGUCUGAGAAUAAAAAGAUGUAACCUUUGAGCCAAUAAUUUACCUUACAGGUAGCAAACGUAAAAUUCUCUUUCUAUAAGAGGUUACAUCAUCAUAAAAUGAAGACAUACAUGCAUCUUAAACCAAGGGUUCGUUAUCAUAGGAAAACUCAGACACUUGAACUCUAUGUCUGAUUGGAAUGGCCGAGUCUAUAGAGGACCACUGGGGCUCUCCUCCAACCCCAACCCCACUGUCAACGAUACGUUUUGUGUCUGAAUAGUGAAGAGACAAUGCAUUAUGACAGCAAUGGUACGUACAAUGCAGUGUGAGAUGUGGUGUACCUGACGUCUUUCUCUUGUCUUACAAUUGAGGAGGUAUUGUAGGUGAUCUACUAGUUCAUUCUAGUGUGGGAUUUAUUCUAGAUCUUUCAGACUUGAGAUGAAUUCUUUAGCUAUUUUUUUCCAUAGGUAGUAAGAAAGUUUCCUGGAAAAAUUAGUUCCAGUAUAAAUCAAAUUUUGGCAUGGUUUUAUUAGUACUCCAAACUCAUCCUUUAUGUAUCAUAAUAUUUUAUAAAAAUGAAUUUUGGAUCUUAAAGUGAAGAUAGCAAAUUGAUUCAAAGUCCAUUUUUACUUUAUAAGUAUAUUCUUAACUAAUUUUAGUUUAUUGUAAAGAUGAAGAUUUACACAGAAACUGUUAAGUAAUAGUAACUUGAAUAUAUUUUUAUUGGACAUUGUUCCAGAAUAUGAUUAUUUGUGACAUUCAGGGACAAAAGCUCGUGAAAGUUUUCUGGAAAGAGUGAGAUAAUAUUUCAGACUUAACAGAUCCCACAGACUUUGUUGCAUCAACUGACUUCUACAGUUGCAGACGAAAAGAGGCUGUGAACAAGGCAUCAGUGAAUGAGUGGCAGUGUUCCAAUAAAACUCUGUCUUUCUCAUAUAUA